AUGCGUCGCCUACAAAUUCGGGCAUCAUUGCCCUUUUCUUCUGGAGAACUUUUGAUCUCAACAACAGACAACAGCUGGCCGUCUUUUACUAUCCGCGUGCAACGUCGGGACACAGCGGGAUUGUCACGUGAGCAGCGGCGAAGUCAACCGAACGCAGACCCUACUACCGGGCAUCAAAUUUCUGUUGUUGAGCCUCCUGAUUUAACUCACCAUAUCCAGUUUGGUUUGAACAACCUAGAGUAUGUUACUUUGCCCGACGUCUCAGAGGCGGAUCGCACGCGAACCGAUAUGGAAAAAGAGCGUGACAUGCAAAAGCGGUUUGGUGAAGGCGGGCCGGGUGAGCGCACCAAUAAGAGUUCACAGCAGGUUCGCCGUGACAUGUUGCAAGGACAACAGGAUGUGGAUGGUCUCCCAUGGGAGGUACGUUGGAGGAAAACGGUAAUACCGACACCGGAGGAGAUGGUUCAAGAUGUCCGUGAUCGUUUCGAUUUAUACAUUCAGGAUCCCAUUGACCGUGAGCAAGAAUGGUAUCUGCAUUGGAAGGAUCGUUCUUUUAAAAUUCAGAAGGAUCGUAUGAUUUGGCCCCAGGGAUACACGGACUACCUUGAUCACUAUGAUGCUCACGGCAGGCGUCGUGUUCUUCCAUCGGAUCAGCGUUGGUCCGAUACCUCUUGGAAGCAUUUAGCUGAUACAAAAUAUAAAGAUCGAAUGUGGCUUAUCGAGGGUGAAGAGCGAAAUGCUGUGCACCAAAGCCUCAAGGCCGAACAUGAACUGUUGGGGGAGGAGGAGCAGCGGCAGCUGGAAAUGGCUGACGUAUACAACGGGAUCGUUUCUGGGGUAGUUGAUCUUGAUCCUGAGCAGACCUACCAAGCCCUUUCGGGCACCGCGGACCCACUGGAAGUUGCUCGUACCAAAAUGAAACUUCAAGCAUACGGUGCAAGGCAAGCGUUAGAGUGUGCCAAGGGAAUUGAUUCACCGCGAUUAGAUCCUAUUUCAGGCCUACCGAAAGCCGACAUGGCCCCACUCCCAACGGGGGUCACUGUGGAACAGGGCGUUGCUAUUGCUGCCCAUGCGAACAUCAAAAAUGAAAUGCUGGAGCAAACAGCUGAUAUCGCAAGACAGGCUGGACAGGAUCCUGUUCCUGCUUUAAUGAAAGCUCACUACAAGGCUUCAAAGCAGUACGAUGAUCGUCCGGCACUUCGCUCCCUCGUGGAGGAAAAAAUUGAAAGGACCACAAGAACUCUGGAGACAACAUCUGACUCCAAGUUAGGUGAUGCAGGAAGGAUUGUGGAGCAGAUUGAAAGUUCGGCAGUUCCUGUCAUUGGGUGUAAACUCAAUGAAUCUGAGAAGCUCUCGGAAGCCUCUUGCACGAGCAGCGAAACGGAGCGACAGGCAUCUAAAGAAGGGAAGCCACACAAAGGAACCCCAGCGGGGUUCAUUGAGGUGAAAAAACGUCCGCAAGGCGCCGAACCGGACAUCCCAACGGAACUGUAUCAUGUUCCCUGUGGUCGUGAAACGGAAGGUAUGCCCGAGUGGUACCGCAGAACCCUCGUGGAAACUGAGCCGAUGAUUCAAUCAUAUGGUUUGACACAUGAUCCCCUUGAAAGGCGGAUUGUUGACACCCACGAAUACUACGAUCCACCGCAACUGACUGAAGACACUCGUAUUACAAAUGAUGACGCUGUUGCCGGUGUUUCGUCUUUUGACGAGCUCAAAAUGAGAAAAAUGAAGUCAUUACCUGAAUUAGUGGAGGGCUACAAGCCCCUCCCACUCUACCGGGAGGUGGCAUCAGGAAAAGGUGAUGCGGGCCCACAAGACAAUAGUGUUUCUGGUGGAUCAGCAAAAAGAUCUGAUUUACUACGCAAAGAAAGACAGGAUCGGGUGCGAAAGGCGAAGGUACACUAUGACCCGGACAUCCUUCUUCCUUCGCUUCCAUGGGAAUCGGACUCUAUUGCCGAUCCGUACCGUGGAGUGGCGAAGGGGGAUGCAAUAGACUUCAACAAAGCGGACCUGGAGAAAACGUGGAGGGCAUAUCGUGAUACGUUUCGGCAAAGCAUGACAGAGUUCGGCAACCUUACGCAAGUAACAACUGAGGACAAGUGUGAGCGGAUGUUGAUGGAUGUGAUGGACCGCUUCCGUCGCGGAGACGUUGGGGAUCAUCCUCAGAUUCCGGAGGAGUUGGAGGCUAUUUUCCGCAUGAUAUUUGAAGCACACACUAAACAUUUUCUGUCGGAUUUCUACAGAUUCAAGGGUAACCGUGUAACUGAGGGAAAGACCGUGAAGGCGGAGGCUGACGAAAUCCUUCGUCGUGCUUCUGCAAAAUGCAAGCUUCUGGGUCCCAACUUCAUGAACUUCAUACAGGAAAUGACUUCUUUGGAGCUUGAUUCGGUUCGCAACAACCCCGCUCAGCGUUACGCCAUCAUGGUCCGUGACCGGGCGUACGAACCUCUGGGAAAGCCAUUUAUUAACUGGAUAAACAGUGAACUUAGUGAAUUCAUUGUGAAUGAAUUUCAAGGCAUCGAGCAGCUCGAGACCCAUAUGGAGUUUCUCAAACGACACGUGAACGACGCCAGAGCUAAAUGUCCAAUGCGUCUGGAAGGGGUCCGUGAUUCAGCACGCGAUGCUACUGUCGAAGCCUUUUAUCAGUGGUGUCGUGGUGCCCUUUGUUUUUACGCGGGGAAACAUUUGCAGCGCCUGUGUAUUGACUUUGCUGAUACUCGUUUUCGUACGAGGGCCGAAGAACUGUUUGAGGACUCUAUCGAAUGGUUUUCUAACUAUGCUAAAGCAUCUAAUGGGAUUGUGCAGAUACCUAUUCCUGACUCCGAUCCUCCGUAUGAGUAUGAGGAGAAGGACUUUCUUGAUGGUGAAAACGCUAUUUAUGAGGAGAUCUCUGGGCAUUUGGACAAGGCUGAGGGCCUUUGGCAUUCUGGAACCUCUAGGAGGUGGUAUCCGGUUAUCGAUGAAACGGAGUACAUAUGGUACAAUGAGCGGCGCGGCCGCAUAACUCUUGCGCUUGACAUCUCGGAUCGCUGCCUGGAGAACGUGAACAAGAAGACACAUCCGUCAGUGCAUCCCUUUCCUGAACGGGCCCGGCUUUUCUUGGAAGGGGCACCACUGACACAAGAAACUGCAGAACAUCUCUGGAUGCGGCACCUGGGUGACCUAUACUACGAACACAGUGAGCUAAUGUUCCGGAACGGUCGCUUCCAGACCGCUCGCAUCUAUCGGGAAAAGUGUCUGAACCUCUACCACUUGGCAACCCGAACUGCAGCUGAGCGGCUUCCGCCAUCAUGGAAAGCGCCUCUGCUAACGAGGGCAAAGUAUCUGAUGCGGGUUUAUGAGCCUGGCUCCGGCGUGGAAGAGCAUAUAAAAGAUGUGGAGCGCGUUGUUGACAGACUUUUUGCGGAAAAGGAGCCACCACAUUGGAUCGAGCCUUUUUCUGAGUUACCCUACAGGCUCGCGGUAGUGCAUGCAAAUCUGCCUGCCUUUGGGGAGUGCAUUACCGCCAGAGUGAAGUCGUGUGUUAAAAAUUCGCCUGGUAAUGAGUUACUCUUGAAAAACAUGGAGCAACGUUCCCGUGGAGGCGCACAGUUGCCUGAGACGGAGGAAUACUUCGCGGCUGUGGACAGGGUUGCUGAUGAGGUGUUUCGGAAGCGAAUACUACGGUGGCGAUCUCAGGAGUGCGAGGGAUCCGAUCCUUAUCUUUUCUGGACCCACCUUUACUUCGCAUUCCGUGUCCACCCGAAAAGUUGUGAGGAAGUUGCGAAAAUGUGGGAUAUGUAUGAGCCUGCCUAUCUAUACAUAUAUACUCAGGGCGCACUUGCGUCCCGCAACCGUGGGCAAAAACUAAUCAAUGAUGCACUACGCCGGGUUUGCCAAAUUCUCUUGCCAGGUGAUGAAAAACAAAAGAAGGUUCUUCUCCGAGAACUGGUGAAAGUGCGGGAGAAGUUGUCGCACCUGGUGCACAGGCGGGAAUUGGACCAAACUAUUCACGCACUGGAAUCUCAUCUUGCCGAUCCGUCACGGCAGACAUUCUGUUACGGCACCUCUCUUCUGUACCGUGAAGCUCUGACACACGAGCGGAUAGCGAACAACCCAAGCCUUCGAGCAGAUCUAGCCGCUCGAGACUAUGCGGAAUUGAAGCAACGGAAGGCGUCUCUUCAGACGCAGGGAAGCUCGCUAAAUCCACAACAAGCAGCUAAGCUGCAGGAGCAGCAAGGUUGCACUAUGCUGGUGGAUGAGGAGGCUAUUGGGUUGAAACCAGACCCCUCUACAAAGGAACUAUUCGAAACAAAGUAG